AUGGCCAUUCAACAUGGGUGGCAAAAUCUCGAGGUAGAAAGUGAUUGUGCAAUUCUUGUAGCAGCUCUCAAUAACCAGGGAAGUGACAUGGUGGAGGGAGGAGAUGAAGCUGUUAUCCAGCUGCUUCUGAAGACAAAUUUAGAUGUCAAUGACGCUGAUGCAGAAGGAAAUACUGCUCUUCAUUGGAUCCUUAAACAGCCCAGAUUGUUGUGUCCUCAACAGAUCAAAAUUUUAUCGCUUCUUCUUGACCAUGGUGCUCGAGUAAGCCAAAGGAAUAGAUUGGGAUUAACAGCAUUUCAUAUUGCUGCUGGUAAUGGCAAUUCAGAGGCACUUGAGGUCCUUCUGUUGGAAGAUCCGGUUGACGUCCAAUAUAAGAUGGAAAUGAAAGAAACCCCCUUGUUUUUUGCUGUGAAGAAUGACAGUAAGGAGUGUGUUGAGCUUCUUUUGACAUGGGGAGCAAAUAGUGAAGUCCUUAAUCUGCGGCAAAGAGCUAUAGAUCUGGCAACCUCUCAAGAUAUGCAUUACACAAUACUGAACCCAACCACAGUUAGCCUCAUAAAUCAUGCGUUCCCAAAUCAACAUAAAUGUACAGCUUUGGUGUUGACAGAUGAAGACACCACUACCACUACUGAAAGGCAUUUACUCAUGCAUGUUUAUAUCUUUACUCUGAUCAUAGUUCUCAUGUUUCUACUUCCUGUGAAUGCUAGAAAUCUAAAUUCAAGCACCAAGGCAGAAGUUUGUAAGUACUUUGACUCUCAUCGAGGAUGUGUCAGAGAAGCUAAGUGCUUUUAUGCACAUUGUGAGGAGGAGUCUCGGAAAGUGAAAGAGAGAGUAGACCAGAGUUAUUCUCCCUCUACUAAACUACUCAAACACAAAGUGUUUGUUGGAGGACUUCCUCCUUCAGUGGACUCCGAUGAUUUAGGAAAGUUCUGUGAAGAAGAGUUUGAGAAAAUGUCACCUCAAUGUGACCAAGAGCAGAAUUUUCAACUUCUACAACAGAAGUCGAAUGAGAAUAUUAUGGAAGUUGAUAACCCUGAACAAGGUUCUUGGGCUGACAUAUUAGUCCAUGGACAACCAACGGUGUGUUCCACUGGACCUCAAGUUACCAAGAGCUCUGAGGACCCUAGAACUCCUACAUGGCUAAAGGUUUUCAAGAAGUGGUUUCCUGGGUUCUUAAAAGGUUUGUCAAAGCAUCCAAACUAUGCUCUCUCUUCUCUAAAAGCUGAUUUCCAGGCUAAAUUUGCGUUAGAAUUGGAUCAUUCAUCUGUGGGCCACUCUAAGCUCAGUGACUUCCUUCUGAAAUGCUUCUCCAAUAUAUGCACUGUUGAGAUGUGCCCCACAUGCAAACGUGGAAAUCCUCCGACUCACAUGAUCCUCCGGCCAAAAGUUUCUAGGCCCAAACACAGACUCCUUCCUACACUGGGAACACCUCACAACCUGUCUUUGUCUGCACUGAUUGUGAAUGGUGGUGAUUCAAUGUGUGUUUCAGACCUCUCAUCUUGCGAUGGUGGUGAUUCAAAGUGUCUUCAGAACCUUUCAGUUGACAAUGGUGGUGAUUCAAAGUAUAUUCAGAACCUUACAAUUGACACCUGUAGUGAUACAAAGUGUUUCCAAGACCUAACCGCUGACAACACUGUUGAUUCAAAGUGUCUUGAGGACCUUUCAGUCCAUGGGACUACUUGUAUUGGUUGGGUUGCAGAAGAAUUUGUUAUUCUCGCCGCCGACAGUCGUGCCACACUUGAUGGUAAAAUACUUACAGAUACACGUGAUAAAUUCAAAAUAUUGACUCCCCUCAUAGUCGCCACACAUGCUGGUGCUUCAUCUGAAACUUCACACACCUGUGAAUACAUGGAGCGUCAAAUGAGUGACGACAUCAGAACCGGAAAAGAUGUAAACUCUAUCUGGAGGUUGGGCGAGCUUUGUAAGGAAAGGGAACUCAGUGAUAAGGAGAAUAUAUGCCAUAUUCUAAUUGGCGGAAUACAAGAUGAGGUUCCUAGGUGUUGUUCUGUAUACAACAUUAAGGGUUCAUCAGGCUCGGAUUGGGUUAAGUGGAAAGUAAUGGGUUCUGGAGGAAGAUACAUUAGAAAAAUGUUGGAAGGUUUGUACAAGAAGCUUGGAGAUAAAGCUUCAUGGAAUGACGUGGUUAAUGGUGUUGGCUACCUUAUGCUUGUAGCCGCCUUAGCUGAUCCAAGCACAGGAGGCAUUAUCAGUGUGCAAAAGGUGCAAAAGAUGAGGAAAACAAAUAUUCAUAUAUGCCUUUCAGUGAUAGAACUUAUUAUAAAGUUUUACACAACCCAACUCAGCUAUAUUUUGGCCGAUGGUGUAAAGGAAGAAACACGGAUGUCCUUUCAACAAACAGAAGGCCGCAUGAUAUUUUUAUUUUACAAGUGUAAUGAGAUCAACAGUGUAGAGCUGGAAACAUGGCUUAGCAUUGAGAGAGAGGAAAAAAUCAAGAAUUAUGGACAUCCCCUAACCGAGCUCGCUGAUGGCUACCAUGCACAUUGUGUAGAAUUCAAAUCAUGCAAGUCUCGAGACAAGUUUUUCAGAGGAGCUCAAACCCUUAACCAGGAAAUUACACUUCAAUUUACAAGCAGAAGAGAGUUUUUCAAAUUCUAUGCGCUUGAAAACCACACAAUAUUUGUGGCGUGUCAAACUCUUGACAUGUUGAAGUCGCUGGAAUUAUCAGAGAAAAUGAAGGGAAAAAAUCUCAUUCGGAAAACGUCUUGA